AUGUCAAAUUUCUCUUGUGCUGUAGCUGCGAAAACAAUGACUCAUGAGGAGGUGAUGGUAUACGAAUUUCGUGCAUUUGUGACUCCAUUGAUAAUUGUUUUUGGUCUCACUGGAAAUAUACUUGUUAUUGCGACGUUCAGCCGAAUGCAGAUCAGGGCUCCAUGUCGGUUCAACCUCUAUGUGAUUGCCAUCGCUGUUGCCCAUUCCUUUGAACUGAUAAUAAACGCGCUUCUGGACGACUUCUUGGGUCGAGGAAUUAUUUGGCUGAGCGACUGCAGAAUAACCUUGAAACUUGAUAUUCUAUCCCAAGAAUCAUGCACUUUUUUCAAAUACUUUCCAGAAGUAGCUGCACUUUCGUCAGUCAACUUGUUAGUGUUGUUCAGUUUUGACCGUGUUCUGACAGUGUACAAACCCUUGCAGUUUAGUGGCGAUCGUUACCUCAAAUUUGCAGCAGCCGCUAUAAUUGCCGUAUACAUGGCUGCAUUUUUAAUCAAUAUACCAAACGCUCUAUACGCCAACUUGGGAACAGCUGAAGGCGGAACCACCCUUACCAAGAUUAGCUGCCAGUAUUACAACCCUCGUGCAUUUGGACCACAGUAUGCACUAUAUAUGUCAGUGUUUGGUGGCAACGUUAUCCCCUUUUUUGAGGUGUUUAUUGCUGACAUUUUCAUAUUUAUAAAGCUUAAGAGCAUGUUGCAAGAGCGCCGGCGAUUGUCGGUAGCAGACAAAAGGAGUUCCAGUGAGUUACGGCGUGUUGUUGGACAUUUGGGACUCACAAGUGCAUUCUUCGUUAUAACUUUCCCCCUCAUAAUACUGAUACUACUACGUCAACAUUCCGACCGAUCGAAUUACAAGGAAUCCUACCCCGAAUAUGCUACGAAACUAGUCCAUGUAUCCCGUCUGUGCAGUUCAAUAAAGUCCAUCGUCUAUACUACAGGAUUUCCAACGUACUUUGCUUUUCUGCCCAGCUUUCGGAAAGAGCUUAGACGCCUGCUUCUGUGCUAUUUAAUCAAAGAUGACCUAUCUGGUUCCAACGAAGUGUCAAGACGAAUACACAGAGCAACUGUGAUAUCCACACUCGCCAGUACUAUUCGACCCAGUCUUCCUCCACACAAGAUGACAGCUUCUUCAUCCACGCAAGGAAAACCAGACACAAACACUAGAAUUGGCCACACGAAACACGAAGAACAUAGUGUAAGGUAG